AUGUGACGUCAGAGGUCAGAGUUGAAAUGCAUGGCUCUGUUAGGAAACACGGUUGUGUAAUUUUUUUUUAUCGAAGUCCCGUAUUCCUACCGCUGUUGAGUGAGAGGACCAUUUGAAAUAAGAAUGCUGCUCCCUUCGUUAAGGACGUUGGUUUCGUGUAGCUGUCGAAAUGCUGGGAGAGGAUUUCAGCAGAGCAAUCGGACUCCUCAUUUGCGGCAAUGGCUGGUGAAGAGAAGCCAGCACUCCAUCACAGCAGAGGCAGGAGCCAACACAGCUCCAGCGGCAGCUACAGUCCCCAACGCGGCCACCAAUCGGAUCCUCGGCCGGUGGCUGUUGGGCUGCAGUGGACUGGUGGUCGGGGCAGUGGUGUUGGGAGGUGUCACAAGGCUGACGGAGUCAGGGCUCUCCAUGGUAGACUGGCACCUGGUGAGAGAGAUGAAGCCUCCUCAGACUCGGGCCGAGUGGGAGGCUGAGUUUGCCAAGUACCGGCAGUUCCCAGAGUUCAAAAUAAUGAACCAUGACAUGACUCUACCAGAGUUUAAGUUCAUCUUCUACAUGGAGUGGGGCCACAGGAUGUGGGGCAGGCUGGUAGGGCUGGCCUAUGUCCUCCCCACCAUCUACUUCUGGAAGAAAGGCUACUUCAACAGAUCUAUGAAGGGACGCGCACUGGGACUCUGUGGAUUUGUGUUCUUUCAGGGCCUCCUGGGCUGGUACAUGGUGAAGAGUGGUCUGGAGGAGAAGCCAGAGUCCUACGAUGUCCCCCGAGUCAGUCAGUAUCGCCUGUCUGCUCACCUAGGGUCAGCUCUGCUGCUCUACUGUGCUAGUCUAUGGACUGGACUCACACUGAUGGUUGAGCCGCACAAGUUGGCUAAUACUAAGCGUCUGAACCAGCUGAGGAGGUUUGCUAAGGGCACUGUAGGAUUGGUCUUCCUCACCGCACUCUCAGGUGCGUUUGUAGCAGGGCUGGAUGCUGGGUUGGUGUAUAACUCGUUCCCUAUGAUGGGAGACAGAUGGAUCCCUGACGACGUACUGGCUUUUUCUCCAACACUCAAGAACUUCUUUGAGAACCCCACCACUGUUCAGUUUGACCACCGAGUUCUGGCGAUCUCGUCUCUGACGGCCAUCACAGGUCUCUAUAUGUUCUCCAGGAGGAUGAUGCUGCCUAGGAGAGCUAAGAUUGCCAUCUCCUGCCUUACAGCUAUGGCCUAUGCACAGGUUGCCCUGGGCAUCAGCACCUUGCUUCUUUACGUGCCCACUCCCUUGGCAGCGACCCACCAGUCAGGCUCUGUCGCCCUGCUCUCAUUGGCCAUCUGGGUCCUCGCAGAGCUCAGGAAGGUGGCCAAGUAGAUGUCCACUUCGCUAUGACUCGACUAGGCCUCGAGAGACAAACCAGCUCAUGGAAAGAGAUUUAAAAAAAGAAUAUUCACAAGAUGCUCAAGGAAAAAAGAGAAGAGAGGAGAGAAGCAUUCUGUAAAACAAUGGAUUGGGUCUUUUGAUACCAUGUUGGGGAACUUCUAUGUUGCAAAGCUGCAAGCUCAUUCCAUGUGUUUGAAGUUAUCAUAACAUUAGAAUUCAAUUAUAUAAAGGUUGUUUUGAUUGAUGCAA